CGCAUGCGCAGACUGCCACAGCAGAGCUACCGAACGUGAGACUGAUGAUAUGGAUUCUACAAUGGCCUUUAAAUUCUUUGAAUAACCACUCCAAUGUCCAACGGUCGCCGCUUUACGAAUACCAGUCAUUGUACAUAUACUCUAAAUACAUCCCUGCUGUCUUACCAUGCCGAGCAACAAACUUGACAAGCCGGAGGUGAGUGAUAACGUCAAGGUGGUGGUUCGAUGUCGUCCCUUCAACCAGAAAGAGAGGGCCAUGGGCCACAAGCAGGCCGUCACGGUGGACGAGAUCCGCGGCACCAUCACCGUCAACAAGCUGGAGACCAUCCAGGAGCCUCCCAAAACAUUCACCUUCGACACGGUGUUUGGGCCAGACAGCAAACAGCUUGAUGUCUAUAACCUCACAGCCAGGCCCAUCGUUGACUCAGUGCUAGCAGGAUACAAUGGCACCAUUUUUGCUUAUGGACAAACUGGCACUGGGAAGACCUUCACCAUGGAAGGUGUUCGAGCAGUGCCAGAGCUACGAGGGAUAAUCCCCAACUCUUUUGCCCAUAUUUUUGGGCACAUUGCUAAAGCAGAGGGAGACACGAGGUUUUUGGUUCAUGUUUCAUACCUGGAGAUUUACAAUGAAGAAGUGCGAGACUUGUUGGCCAAGGACCAAACGCAGAGACUAGAGGUCAAAGAAAGACCAGAUGUUGGUGUGUAUAUCAAAGACCUCUCAGGCUAUGUUGCUAACAAUGCUGAUGACAUGGACAGGAUUAUGACUCUGGGCAACAAAAACCGAUCUGUCGGUGCCACCAACAUGAACGAGCAUAGUUCCCGAUCUCACGCUAUCUUCACCAUCACCAUCGAGUGCAGCGAGAAAGGUGUGGAUGGGAACCAGCAUGUUCGCAUGGGAAAACUUCAUCUGGUGGAUCUUGCCGGUUCCGAGAGACAAGGUAAAACCGGGGCCACGGGCCAACGUCUGAAGGAAGCCACAAAGAUCAAUCUCUCACUCUCCACCCUGGGUAACGUCAUCUCGGCUCUGGUGGAUGGAAAGAGCACUCACGUGCCCUACAGGAACUCCAAACUAACCCGUCUGCUCCAGGAUUCACUAGGAGGGAACUCCAAGACCUUGAUGUGUGCAAACAUCGGCCCUGCAGACUACAACUACGACGAGACCAUCAGCACACUGCGCUACGCUAACAGGGCGAAAAACAUCAAGAACAAAGCCAGAAUUAACGAAGACCCCAAGGAGGCAUUACUGCGAAAAUUCCAGAAGGAGAUUGAGGAGCUGAAGAAGAAACUUGAGGAAGGUGAGGAGAUCUCUGGCUCGGAGGGCAGCGGGUCAGAUGAGCUGGAUGAGGGUGAUGAUGACGGAGGCGAAGCCGGACAAGGACGCAGGAGACGAAGAGGAAAGAAGAAGCUUUCUCCAGAAAAGAUGGUGGAGAUGCAGGCCAAAAUCGAAGAGGAGCGAAAGGCAUUGGAGGCAAAGCUGGACAUGGAGGAGGAGGAGAGGAACAAGGCAAAGGCGGAGUUGGAGAAGAGGGAGAAAGAUCUUCUCAAAGCCCAGCAGGAGCACCAUCUUCUGCGUGAGAAGUUGUCCGCCUUGGAGAAGAAGGUGAUUGUGGGCGGCGUAGACCUCCUGGCCAAGGCUGAGGAGCAAGAGAAGCUCCUGGAGGAGUCCAACAAUGAGUUGGAAGAACGGCGCCGUAGAGCAGAGCGGCUUCGAAAGGAGCUGGAAGAGAAAGAGCAAGAGCGGCUGGACAUUGAGGAGAAGUACACAAGCCUCCAGGAGGAGGCCCAAGGGAAGACCAAGAAACUGAAAAAAGUGUGGACCAUGCUGAUGGCUGCCAAAUCAGAGUUGGCAGAUCUGCAACAAGAACAUCAUAGAGAGAUCGAAGGCCUCCUGGAGAACAUCCGCCAGUUGAGCCGAGAGCUACGACUCCAAAUGCUGAUCAUAGACAACUUUAUUCCUCAGGAUUACCAGGAAAUGAUUGAGAAUUUUGUGCACUGGAAUGAAGGCAUCGGAGAAUGGCAGCUGAAAUGUGUCGCUUUCACUGGCAACAAUAUGAGAAAACAGACCCCCGCUCCAGGCAAAAAAGAAAAAGAUCCAUUUGAGGUGGACCUGUCCUAUGUGUAUCUGGCCUACACUGAAGAGAGCAUGCAACAGUCACUGAUGAAACUAGAGAGGCCUAAAACCUCGAAGAGUAGCAAGAGUAGCCGCCCCAAGACUGGUCGGAGGAAGAGAUCAGCAAAAGCAGAUGCGGAGUCAAGUCGAGAAGAAGCCACACGUCAAUUCUGCGGAUGAUCUGAGUACACUGUAUAGCUGACACGGUUUAAAAAUGUGAAGCAGCAGUUGUUAGGCGUAUUCUAGUUCAUAGCAUUUCCCCCCCAGCUUUGGAAGACAUUUCAGCAGCAGCAGUCUGUCUAUUAAGCUCUGUUACAUUAGCACCUUUGACAGAGAGUCAAUCUGAAUUAUGCACGUCAUAGUGAUAGUUGCUAUUGUUACACUCAUUGGAUGGCGAUUGAGCUCCUUUGGAUAAUACGUUAUAAUACGUUGGUCAGCCCCAGAAAUUACACAUAAAUAUUGUGUGCAAAAGGCCUUGUCAAAUUAAUACAAUUAUUGCUAUAAUUUAAUUAGUCAUAUAGUGGAACCUCCAAAGUCUGAUACUGGUUGACGUCUGCGUAGUUCAAAUUUCAGAACAGAACGGCUGCAUCGGGGUCGAGUGGUUAGCACGCUGGCCACACAGCCGAGUUCAAUUCCACCCUCGGCCAUCUCUGUGUGGAGUUUGCAUGUUCUCCCUCUGCAUGCGUGGGUUUUCUCCGGGUACUCCGGUUUCCUCCCACAUUCCAAAAACAUGCUAGGUUAAUUGGCGACUCCAAAUUGUCCAUAGGUAUGAAUGUGAGUGUGAAUGGUUGUUUGUCUAUAUGUGCCCUGUGAUUGUCCGGCGACCAGUCCAGGGUGUACCCCGCCUCUCGCCCGAAGACAGCUGGGAUAGGCUCCAGCACCCCCGCGACCCUUGUGAGGAAAAAGCGGUAGAGAAUGAAUGAAUGAAUGAAUGAGUUAGCCAUUCUUAGUUAGCCAUUCCAAAACCUGUAUUAACUGUAGAAAAAAAAUUAAGUACAGUCAUCGCCUCACCGUGUUGUAGUUCGAACAUCGUCCCCUCGCUCUAUUGCAGUUUUUCAGAAUGAAGUAGUCAAAGAAUACUCUUUUGUGGCUUCUACAGCCCAUUAUUAGUCAUGAAGGUGAUGACGCAUGACCUUAGUACAUUACUUUAACACUGCAUGGAGUCAUGACAGAGCGAAAAGAAGUUCUCCUCCCAUUCCAUGUGGAAGUGGUAAGUUUUUGGCUUCUUACUUCUUCCUCCUUCCUCAUUCUGUUGGUAGCCCCUUUUUAAGUUUAGAAUAAAUACAUUUGAGGUUAACUGGUGAGCUCGAUAGCAUGCCAUGCUUACAGCGGCGCCCGUCUCUUGUGUCUCUGAAGUGAUCCCGUAGCCUGCUCGUAAGUGUUGAGCAAUUUGGUGUAAACAAAGAAUAAUAGGAGCGUAAAGAUGACUAUAGGGGUGUUACAAAAUAUCUAUGAGGCUCUAAUAAUCAUGAAAAACAUAAUUAUUAAGUCAUACAUAGGGUUUCUAUGCCCAAGCUAUAAAAAUAUUCAAUAUAUUACUAUUGACUCAUACUUUGCGGAAAUUGACUUAUGGUCACUUAACCCUUAGAUGCACGAGUGACUGGACCCUACACUCUUCCAUAAGUGGGUCAAAAAUGACCCAUAUUAGAAUCAAUGUGUUUUUAAGCCAUUUUUGCCAUUUUGGUUAGGAAUAAUGCUUAGCAUACUUGACUAUGCCAAUGCUAUAGUAUUCCAGAUUGACAGUAUCUCAGACAGGUGUAAUACCUAUACUGCAUAUUAUAUUUUACAAAAGCUGUGCUAGUAGUAACACAAAAACUAAAAUUUCUUAAAAUGUAUAAAAAAUAAGUUAAAAAUUUGAAUGGCAUUAUAUCAAAAACAUGUUUUUUAGGAAUACCUGGAAUAUGAAAUGAUGAAAAAUUUUCAUUACGAAGAUAUUUCAAGAAAACAACCUGUCCGGGUCAUUUUUGACCCACUUAUGGAAGGUUGGGGUAGUAACACAAAAACUAAAAUUUCUUAAAAUUUAUAAAAGGUAAGUUAAAAAUGUGAAUGGCAUAUUAAAAACAUUUUUUAGGAAUACCUGGAAUAUGAAAUUAUGAAAAAUUUUCAUUAGGAAGAUAUUUCAAGAAAACAACCUGACCGGGUCAUUUUUGACCCACUUAUGGAAGGUUGGGGUAGUAACACAAAAACAAAAAUUUCUUAAAAUUUAUAAAAGAUAAGUUAAAAAUUUGAAUGGCAUGAUAUCAAAAACGUGUUUUUUAGGAAUACCUGGGAUAUGAAAUGAUGAUGAUGGUUGGAAAAGAAAACCUGUAAUGUCUCGGCCCUCCAUGACAUACUUUUGACACCCCUUUUGACACCCCUACGCCAUCUGGCGAACCUUCUGUGGCGGUAUCAAAAAAGCCAAAGAAAAAGUAUAACCACUUGUGAGUUAUUAGUGUGUGUACAUAUGUAAUAAGUCACACAAGACGUGCUGACUCAUGCAUGAGGGUGGCAUGAACUCAUAAUUUCCGGUCAAAGUCCAAAUUGCACCAAUUUUGAGGUUCCACUGCAUGGUUUCUAUCUAGAUCAGGGGUCUCAAACUCGCGGGCCAAAUGCGGCCCGCAGGAUGCUAGUUUGAGUCCCCCGCCUACUUUGAUAUGGAUGCCAUAUGGUUUCACAAACCCAGAAAUGACAGCUUAAUGCUGCAUGCACACCGCACACAAUUGACGCGAUUUUGCCCCGCCCAUACGCAAGCGAACAAUCCUGCCUGUUUUGCUUUUUCUCUCAUCAUCAUCCAUGACUGAGAUCAAAACACUGAAAAAGUGUUUUUUUUUUUUGUUUUUUUUUUUUGGAAAACCUGAUGCGACCCAGCCUCACCCUCAGACCCUAGCUCCGGUGGCCCCCCCAAGUAAAUUGACUUUGAGAUCCCUGAUCUAGAUGUUAUGAACAAAAACUGAAAAUAUAGUAAAAUAUAAAGUUAGUUUGUUGAACAAACGCCCUCAAGGUUCAAUAUUGCCAUGACAGCAGUACAAAAUAUGAAGAAAAGCGCAUCUGCAGUUGUGAAGAGAAAGCCAUGUUGUCGUAAGUACAAGUGAAAGUGUGCUUUCUACUAUUUCACGUGGGCCAGAAGCAAAGGGGCAUGCAUGCCAGCCACUUCUUCUUAUAGUGCCGCUUUUUUUUAUUUUGAAAUGCUACCGCUAUACUAUCAAGAUGCACCAUAUUUACUGUACGCCUUAGUGUCUCAUGCACUCACUCGUAUGAGGUCAUUUCCUUUUAACAACACCUCCUAUCAUAGUGGUGAUGAAACUGGCUUUUGGUUUUAUAUCAUGAUGUAUGUCAAAUGUUUACGUUCACCGUGGAUGUUUUAUUUAUUAAAUUAUUUUACACACGUUUACCUCA